GACAAAGAAAGACCUAAACAGAAGCACAAAAAACGUCCAGAGUCUCCCAGCAGCCUCACCCCCUCCUCGGUGCCCGUCGCUGCGGAGAAGGGCUCUACCAGCCACCAUGAGGGGAGCAAAGAGGCCUCGGAGGUGGGCAGGUCGGAGGUGAAAGGCAGGAAAUCCUCCAGCCAUGGCAGCAGCACCUCCUGCAGCAGCUUGCAGUGCUCCCAGGACUUCGUGACCUUCCCCAAGCUCGAGCAGGACGACGAGAAGUAUCGGAAACCUGUCUCAGCCUCUUCUUCCUCCCACUGCUCCCCGCUGUACGAAGGCCAGAAGGGGGACAUCUUUGAGCAGAAGGUGAUCUUCUCAGGCUUUGGGUCCAUCAUGCGCUUCUCCACCUCAGCGGUGAGCCAGCAGAGGGGCCGUGAUGCUUCCCCCGUGGACUAUAAAGCCUCAAAUCCUGUCAGCAGCCCUUUGGUGGGCACCAGCGGGACCGGUGGCCCCGGCAGCAGCCACCAGCGCAUGCCCUCCCUCAGCAUGGAGGAGGGAGAGGUGCUGAAGGAGAAGAAGCACAAAGGGAGCAAGAAGAACAAGCACGGGCCCGGCAGGCCGAAAGGAGGCAAAAGCAAAGAGAUUUUGGGUGCCCAGCUGGCUGGCUCCACGUCCACGUCCUCCUCCCCCUUCUCCGGGGGCUCUCUGGUUAGCUCCAGCGUGGGGAGCUCCUCCCGACCCUUCAGCCACACGGGGACCCUGCCCAGCCUCAGCCUGGAGUCCCCGCUGCUGGGCUCAGGGAUCUACACCAGUAACAAGGACCCGAUUUCCCACGGGGGCGGGGUGCUCCGAGCUGUCUGCAGCACACCCCUCUCCUCCAGCCUCCUGGCACACCAGGGGACGUCGUCUCUCCCACAGCUCAACCGCUCGCCCUUUGCAAGCACCAUCCCCGCCUCCUCCUCCUCCUCGGUCUCCACCACGCAGGUGUUCUCACUGGCAGGUUCAACAUUCAGCCUCCCUUCCUCACAUAUUUUUGGAAGCCCCCUCACAUCUGGGCUAUCCAUCAACCCGCUCUUAAAUCAGUCGGAGAGCAGCCGGGCAG